CUGGGCUGGGCUGGGCUGGGCUGCCAGACCUACGGCACCAGGCACACGCAAGGGCAGAGCAGAGGGAGCUGAGGCGGAGGCCCGGCAGUGCCCGGGCUGGUGGGAGCUGGACCCUGAGCUCCCGUGGCCGCCCCCUCCCUUGACCGGGUCAUGCGCUGCUCCAAGUGCCUUCUCUGCCUGUCAGCACUGCUCACGCUCCUGGGCCUCAAAGUGUACAUCGAGUGGACGUCCGAGGCCCGGCUCAGCAAGGCCUCUGCAGGACCCAGGGGCGUCCUGCCAGGCCCCACCUCAGCCUGCCCCGAGCCCACCCUGCCUGCCAACCUCUCAGCCCGCCUGGGCCAGACUGGCCCGCCGCCCCUGGCUUACUGGAACCGGCAGCAGCGGCAGCUGAGGGCCCUGCCUGGUGGGGACAGCGCGGAGGCUGGGGGCUGCCAGGCAUGGGGGGCUGCGGCAGCUGCCCAGAUCCCCGACUUCACUUCCUACCCUGAGGACCUCCGCCGCUUCCUGCUGUCAGCGGCCUGCCGGAGCUUCCCGCGGUGGCUACCCGAGGGUGGUGGCAGCCACGUGGCCGGCUGCUCAGCUGCGGAUGUCCCCUACCUGCUGCUGGCUGUCAAGUCGGAGCCGGGGCGCUUCGCGGAGCGGCAGGCCGUGAGGGAGACCUGGGGCAGUCCAGCGCCUGGGGUCCGACUGCUCUUCCUGCUGGGGUCCCCAGCGGGAGAGGGCAGGCCUGACCUGGGCUCGCUGGUGGCCUGGGAGAGCCGCCGCCACCGUGACCUGCUGCUCUGGGAUUUCCUCGACGUCCCCUUCAACCGGACACUCAAAGACCUGCUGCUGCUGGCCUGGCUGGGCCGCCACUGCCCCGACGUGGCUUUUGUGCUGCAGGCCCAGGAUGAUGCCUUCGUGCACACCCCUGCCCUGUUGGGUCACCUGCAGGCCCUGCCGCCCUCCUGGGCCCGAAGCCUCUACCUGGGGGAGAUCUUCACCCAGGCCAAGCCCCUCCGCAAGGCGGGAGGGCCCUUCUACGUGCCUGGCUCCUUCUUCGAAGGUGACUACCCAGCCUACGCCAGCGGGGGUGGCUACGUCAUCGCUGGGCGCCUGGCCCCCUGGCUGCUGCGGGCAGCUGCCCGUGUGGCGCCCUUCCCCUUCGAUGACGUCUACACCGGCCUCUGCUUCCGUGCCCUGGGCCUGGUGCCCCGGGCCCACCCAGGCUUCCACACUGCCUGGCCCGCACACCGCGCCCUGGACUCCUGCGCCUUCCAGGACCUGCUGCUAGUGCAGCCCCUCAGCCCGCAGCACAGCAUCGGGCUCUGGAGACACCUGCAUGCCCCGCAGCCGCGGUGCUGAGCCCACGGGGGUGCCUCCUUCCAGGCCUUGAUGGUUCUAGAACCGGGACAGCCUGAGGCUGGGCCGACUGCCGUGGUCUUUUUGUGUUUGAUAAACACGCGCUCCCCACACGGA